AUGCUUGCAGGUCAACAGGACAGCUGCGGUGGAUGUGGGUAUGGAGGCACAUGCCUCUGGCACACAAAGCGAUGCAUAUGUGCGAUGGGUUACACUGGAGAAAACUGUGAAUAUCCAAUAGUUAACACAUGUGGAUGCCUGAACGGAGGAACGUGUAUCACUGGCACCAAGAUAUGCGCAUGUAAGGAAGACUACCAUGGCAAUCAGUGCCAGUAUGAUAGCUACGAGGAAUUGCUCGAUAAAAAAUACGGGAUAGACGAGUCAGCAUAUAUUGCAGAUGGUGAUUUUCAUUGUGAAUAUACCGUGAAUGGUUGUCAAAAUGGCGGUACGUGCCUCGCCAACGGCGAGUGCCACUGCCCUUUCCGUUACGAGGGAGAACAAUGUGAGAACAUAGCGGAAUGGUACAGUCUUGAAGAAGAAGAAAAUAAAGAAAACAAGAAAUCUGUGACGGAAAUUUUGGUCAUAGCCUUUGUGAUAAUAGUUAUUGCUAUAACCGGUCUCUGCGCCUGUUGUGUCUGUGUAUCGCGACGAAAUGCCAAGACCAGACAGCGCCACCAAAUGAUGGCAGCCAACAUAUCACUACAGCCUAAGCAAGGUUUUCAAACUUAUCGUCCACAUUGGUAUACCCAUUUUGAGAGUGUCCGCCAGAAAGAAGAAACCCGACCCAAAAUUAUUGUGAAUGGAACGCUGGAACCAAUGAAUACCGCCUCUGAUGCUGACGAUGGUGGUCGAGCUAGAGGAAGUGGAAACUAUCGCUACGAUCAGCUCGAAAUGAGCCAGCAUGAUAUAGCGCCCUCUGUGCCUGCUCCACCCAUACCUUCAAUCAGUAUAUCGGCGAGAUCGGGCAGAACGCAACAGAGUACCCCAACACGUCGCGUUCCUGAACUGCCGCCCUCGUACGACACCGUAACAAAACAGUACCAAACCGUCAAACUCGCCGACGUACGUGAGGAUGAUAUGAAGUAUUAACAUUCAUUGGACUAGUUAGUUAUUUAAACAAAAUCCUGCUACAAAUAUUAUAUAUUUUGUUACAAGAUAUAUCAUUGUUCUUUCUGUGAUGGGAAAGUAAGGGUUUAGUAUAUGUUCAACGACCAUACCUCAGACUCACUGUGUACGGUGAAAUGUUAUCAUGUAAAUAUACAAUCUGCUUAU